GGUUGCUAGCGCUUGUGUACGGGGAGCAGCAGCGCGCCGCGCAAUAUCGCACCGCUGAGAUACAUUGCUUGGCUUAUAGCGCCAGUAUCGGUUCAACGUCAGAACCGUACGCGUCUUAUUUCGUAAAUAAUAGAUUUUGAGCGGUGUUGUGUCGUGUCACAACAACAACAAUAAUAACAAAACAAAAUACGUUCCGCACGUCACAAACGGCGGCUAACGCGCCACAAAUAUUUAGUAUAUUUAUUAGUAGAUGCAUUAACGGCGUGUUGUGCCGCAUAAAUUACAGUUUAGUUAGUUUACAACAACAAAAAUUCGAAAAGAAAUCAAAAAUUUGAGCUGUGAAGUGCGAAAAAAAGUUGAAAAAUCGAAGCUGCAAACUUGUCAACAGUGUGUUCCGCCAACGGUAAUUUCAGUGCUGUAUUUUCACAUCAACUACAACAACAAUAAAAACAAUAAGAAUAUACAACCUGCCUGUGGCAAGCUCAAGAAGUCUUUACUUAGCUGGCACUUUUGCUAUUGGCGCUUCUGCUAUUUACUACAACAGCUGUUUGUUGUUGUUGUCAUGCUUGCAACAUUCUAAUUGCCGCGCUGCAACAUUACUGCUGUUGGCGCUGCCAAACCUACGGCAACUGCCCGUAAGCGCCACUGCAAUAUCUACCACAACAACAACAAAUACAACAACAAUUCACGCUGAUAUCCAGCCAGCCACUGUGCAUUGCCGCCGUUGCCGUCGUCGUCGUCGCCGUCAUUGUUGCAGCUGUGGCAUGCCACAGCAUCAAUAUGGAUGCUGCUGCUGCAGUACGCUGCCUGUUAUUUGUCAUCUACAAGUUGACGGUGUUGGUCGCUCACUAGACUCGCUCGUGAACUGCCUAAAUCGCGCUGCGAUCAAGACAAAAUUGAAACAAAGCAAUAACAACAACUGCAUUUUCGCAUACAAAUUUGCAUAGAAAGCUAAUACUACGUUAAAGUAACGGUAUGUCAACAAUAUAGCGUCGGUGCGACAUGCAACAGCAGCAGCUAAAUCAGCAACAACGGUGCGUGGCUGCGUGCAAAAGCCACUAAACGCUUGAAAUACGCGGCGUGUUGGGUAAAAAAAUAUAAAAACAAUAACAACAACUAAGCAGAAAAUCUUUGCAAAACAUGUCACGCUCAAGUUAUGAGCGCAAUAAAUUAUUUUGCGGCAAUGACAACGACAACAACAGCAACAGUUUGCAGCAAUAGCUGCAACAAAUAGCAAAAGCGCCAGCGCAACGGCGCAAGCGAAGCUGGACAGUGAAAUUUUGUGCCAAAAUUGUUUGAAAAUCUUAUGAAUUACACAAAGAAAAAAGUUAAAAGAAAAAUUUAAAAAAUCUAAAUAUAUUGAAUUUUUUUUUUUUCAUGCCUUUUGCUACCGAAUUGCACUUUUAUGCGCUGUGUGGUGUACUCAAAAGCACAUUUCGCGAGUAGAAAUAUUUUUUAUUUACAAAAAAUGCAUAAAAUUUAACUAACAGUGCUUAAAAACGAACUCAAGGGAAGUCCUACUUAUUUUUAAAGAUCUCUGCACGGGUGUUUGGUGCAAACAACGCGGCAGUGCAGCAGUGCAUUUGCUGCUUAAAAGCCAAUAUUGGCUGUAAUUUCUACAGUAAAGUAAAAAAAAAACAACAAACAUAAUUUGUUAUGCCUUUCUAAAUUUUUAACAACAACAAGUGCAACGCGCCACAAAAUUUGCUAAGCAAACAACAUGAACUUAACGCUUCACUUGCGGCAACAAGCGGCAUAAGCGUUACAUUACGUUACAAAAACAACAAAAAGCUAGAGGCGCUUCCUGCCAACAAUAUAUAGUAAUAGCGCAAGCUUAAGGCAUGAAUUAAAAAUAAAAUUUUUUGCUACAACAACAAAAAAUAUACUUAAUAAAAAUAAAAGUCUGCUGCUCGCGUUUUAACCUUUUGCUAAUCAUAGAAAUUUUGCAGAAAAGUUUGCAACAACAAACACUUCUAAAUUAUUAACUUAAAGAACUACUACUCAAAUCUACAACAACAACCACUCACUAGUUAGUUACUAAAAUGGAAAUUAUUACUUUUUAGCUUAGAAAUCAAUAAAAUAAAUUUUUACAAGCUUCAACUAAAUAUUACAACAAUUACAACUAAACUACAACAACUACUAACAAUGCUAAUGCUUACGCCUAUGAACUUAAAAUUUCACAACAACAAAUACUACUACUAUAUAAGCAACUAAAGAGUACCUUUUUUUCUAAAGUAGACAUAUAUGCAACAACAACAACAACAAUAGUGAACAAAAUAAUUACGGAAACGGAAACUAAUUCGGAGAAAAUAGCUGAAUAUAUGCAAUGUUAAGGAAGCUAGCAAAAACCAGCAACAACAAGUCGUAAAAUUUGGAAUUUGCACACCCACUUCGGUGUAAGCUGGAACUAAGGCGGCCUCAAAGUAUUUGAAACAAUGUGGCAAAUAAACUUUGACACACAAGUAAAUUAACAGAAGAGAAAAUUUUGUAAAAUUUACAAAAAUACUGUGAAAAAAAUUUGAAAAUUUUAAAAAAUUAAGAAAAUUUUGGAAAAAUUUAAAAAAUUAUAAAAUUACAAAAAAUUGUGAAUAGUAAAAAAAGUUUUGUAAAAAUUAAAAAUUGACAAAAAAAUAAAAAUUGCAAAAAAUUGUGAAAAAAUUAAAUGACAAAAUAUUAAAAACUACUUAAAAUUGUGAAAAAAUCUGAAAAAUUUUGCAAAAAUUAAAAAUUUACAAAAAAUUAAUCACUACAAAAAAUUUUGAAACAAUUAAAAACAAGAAACUGUAAAAAAAAUACAAAAAUUGUGAAAAAAUUAAAAUAAUUAAAAAAUUAGUUUAAAAUAAUUAAAAAUCUUGCCAAACUAAAAUUUAAAAGCUACAGUCAAAAAGCCUAAAAUUUUAUUACAAUUCAGCUAAUGACUUUUUUGUCACUUUUAUUGCAAAAAUAAAAAAUUAUAAACGUAAUAUAAAUUACAAAUACACGCAUAAAAAAUAAUAAAAUUAGAAAAAAUCAGAACAAAGUGCAUGAAAAGCAAUUAAAGUGUCUUAACAAUUAAAAUAAAUAACAAAAAGAUUACGAUAAUAGAAAUAAAAAAAAAAUUUACAAUAAUUAAAAUUACAAAAAUAAAAAAAAUUACAAAAAAAUCAUAACAGCAAUAAUGAAGCUGCGCCGUCAUGUAAAUUUUCGUAUUUACAAUUCUUAACAUAAAAUUUGUGCGCAAAAAAUAGAAAUUAUUAAACAACAACAACACGCUACUUACUACACACAACGAAGUCAACUAAAAGCUUGCCAGUUUUUUACUACUAAUAUUAUCUAUUAUAAAAAUAAAUACAAAUUAAACUUGAAACUUAUUGCUGAAAUGCUUGCGAAUAACGCGCCAAAUUAGCAUUAAAAGUAAAUUUAAAAAAAUAUUUCUAGAUAUGUAUAGCAAUAUAUAAAUAUAUACAACUACAAAAUAGCGUAGUGAGCAACGAAUACGUUUUGUGAUAUUUUUAAGCAUCCAUUCGCUAUAAAAAAAAGUAAUCUUUAAAGUAGUGCUUAAAAACAGUGUGACAAAAAAGUGCUGAAACGCUUUGGAAAUAAAAAAAAAUAUAUUGUCCGAACGAAAUGUUGGAAAAUUCAAUUUACUGGUGAUUAGAUACUGAAAUAUUAUAAUCAUUAACGGUGAAAACAUAAAAAAAGUUGUGAAAAAUUUUUGAAUAAAGCAAAAUAAACAACUGCUAAAUAUAAAGGAAAAGUGAGUUAGUAACAAAAUCUGCCACGGGAAGGCUUAACGCGCUUGGAUUAAGGCGAAAAGGCAGCCGAACAGCGUAAAAUUUAAGACAACCCACGCCGGCUGAAAAUGCUUUAAACAACACGAACAAAGAGCAACUACAAAUAAUUGUGAUCACGCCGCGUUUACAACAAAUGCCACAAGCUUGCCGCAACAACAGAGUUGAGCACUAGCAUAGCCACUGCCCGAGCAGUGUAGACAAUAAGGUUUACGUGCGAGACACAGUGCGCGCAUUUUAAUUAACAUAAACCUGACAUAAACACCCCGAAAACGCGGCGACCUGAUGACUAUGGCAGAAGGCACCGACCCCAUGGGGCAUCAGGCGGGCUCCCAUCACAACCACCAUCACACCCAUCACAAUCAGCACAGCCACCAGCACCAGCAUCCGCAUCAUCAGCAUCCGCACCAGCAGCAGCUGCAUCAGCGCCAACCAACGUCACAUCCUCAUUAUGCGCCUUAUGCUGCCGCUGCCGCCGCCGCCGCCGCUGCGGCACAUAUGCAACAGUAUCCGUUGCCGCAACAUUUGCCAUUGGCGCUUAGCUUGCAACAGCAGGCUGCUGCUGCGGCGGCUGCGGCCGCGGUGGCCGCUGAGCAUGUGAACAACAAUCAGCCUUUCGUGGCCAACAACAAUGUGCCGUGGAAGCAGCGCAAGCGGAAACGCUUGUCGGCCGUGUUGGAUAAAUUGCAUAAUCACAACAAUAACAAUAAUAAUAACAACAACAGCAGUAGUGGUGGCAGCAUGCAUAAUGAUGGCGGCGGUGGCGGCAGCAAUAGCAAUAACAACAAUAACAAUGUUGGUGAACACGGUAAUCACAAUCACAGUCAUGUGGAGCCGAUGGACGGCGAUGAGGAUGUCGAGAAUGAGGCUAAUUAUAAGCACAACAACAAUAAUAGCGGUGGCAACAAUAAUGUGUGCGCAAAACGUCAAAACUGCGGCAACGAUAGCGGGAAAGCGCUAACGCGCAAUAAGCGCACCAUCAGUGAAGUAAGCGGUGAUGAGGCUGAGGCCGAAGCUGAGACGGAAGCCGAUGUCGAUGCUGUGUCUGAAGAUUUAUCUCUUGAAAACGAUAGUCCACGCAUCAGCAUGAGCCCACUGCAGUUGGUCUCAACACAUGAUAGUCCAUCCGGUGGUGCUGCGUCACAACAUCCCGCUGCCGCCGCCGCUACAACGACACCCAGCGACAAUCCGCUGCAUGUCGACAUCAAGACUGAGCACAUGCAUAAUCCCUAUGACCGUUACUUUCCCAUACCGUCACCGCUCUUUGGCUACUACUUACACACCAAGUAUUUGAAUGAAGUAUUUCGCCGACGGCAGGAUCUCUACACAUCACCAAUGCAGCAUACACCUUCGUCGAUUGCUUCAUCGAUUGCUGAUGAGACCUCACCGACAAGUUUGCCAAAUGCCGGCGCUCAUCUCGACCAUCCGCCGCCGCCAUUUCCACCAACCUCCACAGCUACGGCACGUGUCGCAGUCGGCGGUCCGGGGCGUUCACCACCGCCAGCCGUCACCGUUGCACUACCCUCGCCACCACGUAGCGACUCGUCGAUCACUGCAGCCGCCACAGCCAAUACACGGUGCAGCCCUUCGCCGGCUACGCAAGCCAACACUUCAGAUCCGGCCAUAAUGCCGCCACCACAAGAACGUCCGUUGGACUUGUCUGUACGCAGCGGUGGCAAUACGCCCACCUAUGAGCUGAUGGGUGGCAAAAAGUACAAAUCGCCCUCACCUUUGCCGGCGACCACACUGAUGUUGCCACCUGCGCAGCAACCCGUCUCGGCUACGGUCAGCGCCGCUUCGAUGUCACCAAACCAAAGUGCGUUGAAAACGAGCACAGCCAAUAGCAGCAACCACAGCGCCAAUCAUGCACCGUUAGCCAAUUCUCCAGCACCUGUUUCGCCGUACGCUGCCGCUGCUGCUGCUGCACAUGCUGCCGCCGCCGCGGCCGCAGCUAUGAUCAAGCUCGAAAUGCCAAUGCAUCCAUUGCAUCCGCAUGCACCCACCACCACGGUGGGCGUGCCCGUGAUCAAGGGUGACGUCGCAUCGCCCACCACCAAGGAAUCGGUCGCAUGGCGCUACAAUCUCGACGUCUCACCCGUGGUGGAGGAGAUGCCACCCGGUUCGGAUGUGGCUUACGUCUGUCCCGUUUGUGGGCAGAUGUUCUCGCUGCACGAUCGCCUAGCCAAACAUAUGGCAUCGCGCCACAAAUCGCGUAAUCCUGCCAAUGAUAUCACCAAAGCCUACUCGUGCGAGGUGUGUGCGCGCUCCUUCGCACGCUCCGACAUGCUGACACGCCACAUGCGUCUACAUACCGGUGUCAAACCGUACACAUGCAAAGUGUGCGGUCAAGUCUUCUCACGUUCCGAUCAUCUGUCUACGCAUCAGCGCACACACACCGGCGAGAAGCCGUACAAGUGUCCACAAUGUCCGUAUGCCGCGUGCCGUCGGGACAUGAUCACACGCCAUAUGCGUACACACACGCGUUACGAGACACAACAGCGUGGCGGCGCAGCUGGCGGUGGAGGUGAGCUGGGUGGCCCCUCCAAGUCACCGCUGCCAUUACUCGCCGACAUGAAGAUGAACUUACCAAUGCUGUUGAAGAGCGAGGAGUUGGCGGGUAAAUCACCGAUGCACAGCGGUAUCGGCGGUUCCAUGCCGAUCGUGGUGAAGACGGAGAGCGCUUAGUGGCGGCUGCGACGCGCAUACAGAGGCUGCAAGACGUAGAAGCGCGCGAGUUGGCUCUCCCAUGGAGGGCUGCAUCGUGGAGACGGAACAGAAAGACAUUUGUAUGAGACAACGGCAGAUGUAAACGUAAGAUAUGAAAUGACAAACUAUAUAGUUUAAGCGUAGAGAGUAGCUAAGUAACGUGUAUGUACGUGAGAAGACGUAAACUAAAAAAAGAUAAAAUUUAUAUUUUAUUUUUCGAAAAUCUCUUUGUAAAGACUGAGACUAAUUUAAGCGUAACAAAAUGAAUUUAAAGAAAAUUUUCAUUUUCAAGUAAACAUAUUGAAAUUGAAUGCGAGAGUCGCUUCGUACAGGUGCUGGCCGACAAAAUUUGGCGAGUUGCCUAACUUGAGAGUGAAAAGCUGAUAACUGUGUGGUGAGCUUGUGAUUGCUCUGGUGAUAUCCGAAAUUUUAUUGUAGGAACACUGAACUAUUGUCAUCAAAGUUGACAGUUUUGCGCGCUUUCUAGUAAAAGCUUUUUUGGUGAAAGCUUUUCUAUUGAAAGCUUUUCUAGUGAAUGCUUUUUUCGUAAAAGUUUUUUUUUUUUAAUGAAAGCUCUUCAGUUUAAAAU